UCCAACUCCGAAGCCGAAGCCCUCUUCUGUUCCAUGGCGACUUCAGCUUUGUGCAAGGCCGUUUUAGCGGUUGCUCUCUUCUCACUGGUUAUGAGCUGCAGCGCCGGAAUUUCUCAACAUCAAAAGGUGUACAUAGUUUAUAUGGGCGAUCGUCCAAAAGGAGACUUCUCUGCUACAAUGCAGCACAUGACCUUGCUACACGCAACUUUGGGAAGCACGGAGUCGUGGCUCUAUAGCUACAAGAGAAGCUUCAAUGGCUUCGUCGCCAAGCUCACCGAGGAAGACAAAAACAAGAUUGCUAGCUUGGAAGGAGUGGUCUCUGUAUUCCCCAGCAUGAAAAAGCAACUACACACGACGCGGUCAUGGGACUUCAUGGGCUUUCCUCUAAAUGUACAAAGAGCGCAGACAGAGAGUGAUGUCAUUGUCGGAAUGCUGGACUCCGGCAUAUGGCCGGAAUCUCAAAGUUUUGAUGAUGUAGGAUUCGGCCCGCCACCCACCAAAUGGAAGGGUAGCUGCCAAUCCUCAUCCAACUUCACCUGCAACAACAAAGUUAUAGGAGCAAAGUACUACGACAGCGAGGGAGCUAUGAAUCCACCGAAUUCUCCUUCUCCGAGAGAUUACGGAGGGCAUGGAACACACACAGCAUCCAUCGCAGCCGGCGCCUGGGUUUCUGGGGCGAGUCUCUACGGCCUUGCGAGCGGAACAGCUCGUGGAGGAGUGCCGUCUGCGCGCAUUGCAGUCUACAAGAUCUGCUGGCGCGGUAGCUGUUCGGACGCAGACAUUCUUGCUGCAUUCGACGACGCCAUUGCUGAUGGAGUCGACAUUAUAUCCAUAUCCGUUGGGGGAUUGUCCCCUCUUGAUUAUUUCAACGAUUCCAUUGCAAUUGGUGCAUUCCACGCCAUGAGAAAUGGGAUACUUACAUCCAAUGCCGUUGGUAAUUCUGGUCCAGCCCCCAAAUCCAUCCUCAAUUUCUCACCUUGGUCCCUUUCCGUUGCUGCUACCACUAUAGAUAGGAAGUUUCUCACUAAGGUCAACUUGGGUAACAAUAGAACUUACGAGGGAGUAUCAGUGAAUACGUUCUCCUUAGAGCAUGGUAGCUACCCUUUAGUCUACGGAGGGAAUGUGGCUAACACUGCUGGAGGAUACAAUAGUUCACAAUCAAGGUACUGCCUACCGGAUUCUUUGGACCCCGAUUUAGUUAACGGUGCGAUUGUCCUCUGUGAUGGGCUGAGUGACGGCGAAGCAGUGGCCGCCGUUGGUGCAGCCGGAGCUAUACUGUACGAGGAUCGGUUAAGAGAUGUGGCUCUCUCGUUUCCCCUCCCGGCCUCUUACUUGGGAUCACUUGAUGGUGCUCAAGUUUAUGAUUAUAUCAAUACAACUAGGAAUCCAACAGCUACCAUUUUGAGGAGUGAUGAAGUCAAUGAAACAAUGGCUCCCUUUGUUGUCUCCUUUUCUUCGAGGGGUCCCAAUCCCAUUACCAUGGACAUCCUCAAGCCUGAUGUUAGUGCACCCGGAGUGGACAUUAUUGCAGCGUGGUCGGAGGCUAAUACGGCGUCGGGAUAUCCUGAAGAUCCAAGAGUAGUAGCAUACAACAUUAUGUCAGGAACAUCCAUGUCUUGCCCCCAUGCUUCCGCCGCAGCAGCUUACGUUAAAUCCUUCAAUCCCACAUGGUCCCCUGCUGCCAUUAAAUCUGCUCUAAUCACCACAGCUUUUCCGAUGAGCGUGGCGAGAAACAGAGACGCGGAGUUGGCGUACGGCUCCGGCCAUAUCAACCCUCUCAAGGCUAAAUCCCCCGGUCUAGUUUAUGACAUGGGGGAGGCCGACUACGUCAGCUUCCUCUGCGGCCAAGGUUACACCACCAAAAACCUGCAGCUCGUCACCGGCGACGCCUCCACCUGCACCACACCCAACAAUACCACAGUCUACGACCUCAACUAUCCGUCUUUCUCUGUCUCGGGCGUCUCCGGCAGUUCUGUCAGCGCGGUGUUCCGCCGGACUGUCACGAAUGUGGGGUCUCCGUCGUCCACCUACAAGGCGGUCGUGGCGGCGCCGCCGGGGCUGAGCGUCCACGUCCAACCUACCCAGCUCUCCUUCACAUUUCUGACGCGGACGCACGACUUUGUUAUCACAGUUAACGCAACCAUUGGCAGCGGUGGUGCGGUGGUGUCGGGGUCGUUGGUGUGGGAUGAUGGCACCUACCAAGUGAGGAGCCCUAUUGUUGCUCAUUCUACUACGUGAAGGAGUACUUUAUGCUUUUAAAUAAAGGAUUUAUUGUACAAAAAGUUCUGAGUUUUGAUGAAGUGGUAAAUCACACAUAAACAUUAAAUCUUUAUAAUAAUGACAUAAAUUUUCAAUUAAUUAAUUUGUAGCGACUCCU